AUGUCCCCGUUCACCCAUCAGCUCCCCUGGGCCCAUCAACUGUUGGAGGGAGGGGAGGUUGUGUUCUGCCUGACGCCGCUGUCUGUUGUAUUUUUCCAGAAUUUGGAGAAUGAAGAUGCUUUGGAGACCAACAGGAGUCCCGCCUCCUCCACCUAUAAAAUACGUUCGGACCUGGGCAGAUGUUCGACACAAAGUUCGCGAUGGUCGUUCAGCAACAUCAGUAACAGCACCCAGCAAUCGUACCGCGAGUGCCUCAGCUGGGCGAGGCAUCCUCUGAUACAGAAGAACAGGAGAGUGGUGAUUGCCUGCUUUAUCCUGCUCAUUGUCGGACUGGUUCUCGUUCUGGUUGGAGUUGGCCUGCAGGUUCAUCCGAGUUCAGGUGUGUCCAGUGCAAUAUUCUUUGUUCCGGGAUUUCUCCUGCUGAUCCCAGGAGUAUACCACGUGAUCUACAUCUACUGCGCUCUGAAAGGGAAGACUGGAUAUCGUUUUUUCUACCUCCCAUAUUUCGAGAAGUGAGGACAGCCUCCGGAGUAAGGAAACACUUGCUGUGCCAUGAACGGGAUUGGCAGACGGAGAGGGGCCAGGACAUCGGACAGCACUGUAGAUAGUUGUGCCCUCGGUUCACUCAUAUCUUCCAAUGUCUCGACUGGUGAAGGGUUGUCGAUUUCACAGUGAUUUCUCGUCAAAAUUACACUUUCCAAAAUGACAGCUCCAGCCUCACACCUCUCCAUCCAUCCCUCCUUUCCCCAUUCAGUCCCUCUCAACCUCCUCCCCCUCCCUCCCUUCCUGCCUCUUUCAUUCUCCUCCCUUCCCUCACUCUGUCCUUUGGCGCUCUCUCUCCCAC